AUGUGGAAGGUUGCAGAUUUGAAAAGUGAGUUAGAAGCGACAGAACUGUUGUUGAAGACCAGACCAGAUAUUGAGAAGAUCAAAUCUGGUUUGGUGACCCAGCUGAAGCACAAGUUGCUCAACAUGACGGAGAUCCCAGCAGCAGAGCUUGUUGAGCUUUACAAUCUUUUCCAGUCUUCUUCCCUUCCAGAAGAUGUUCGCAAAGAGAUGCUAGAUGUUUUGGACAACAAAGCAGCGACAGCAAACAACUGCGAAACAUCUGCCGGGAAGUUAUGCCUCGUUCCACAGACAUUGACUACUUUGCAGAAUUACAUCACGGCGAGUGAUAUCUCUCUUUGUGAGAAAGGUAGCAUGUGGGCCGGCACUGAAGUCUUCGCCUCCAGGCUUCGCAAACUUGGUGUUGUGUCGAUGAAGGAAUGCACAAAAAAGAUUUGUGUUGCACUCCUAGUGCACUUUGAGGUGGAACGCACCAAUACGAUUCCUCCCGGAGAUACCGUAUAUGCCCUUGCAGAGCACAUGCUACAAGCUUUGAAGAUGUCUAGCACCACGGUUCCUGCGGAUGCCAAGAGCCUGCGAAGGUAUCCUGCAUCGCCUUGGCAAUUGGAUGCGAAGCACUUCGCUGCUUCUUAUGGAGAAGAGGUUCCUGUCAGCAGGGACUUCCCCCGACUUGCACAGAUCAUGGUGAACCAUUCCCCUGUGCGAAGCUCCAGCAGUUUGGUUUCCGAAGGGGCCAAGAAUGCAGGCAAAGUUGGCAAGCAAUCUGCUGACCGGGGCCAGCAACAUCAAUUGGUGGCACAG